GGGCCGCAGGGAGCUGUAGGUGUUGCAGCUGGGUCGCGACAGGUGCGCAAGGCAAAGCGCCAGGGACCCGUAGCAGGGCUGGUAGCAGCGCAGAGAAAAGACCGCUGUUAGCCAGGAAAGUGGUCCCACCAGGAAUUUUUUGAAAGACACUCCCUAGCAGUGUAAUGCUGUUUCCCCUAUCUGAGAUGCACUUUCUGCCUCCUGCCCUCACUUGAUGAAAUUCUGCCAGUUUUGUAUUUCAGUAUCUGUAGACAAGAUGGAAUCAACUCCAUUUAAUAGACGGCAAUGGACUUCACUAUCAUUGAGAGUUACGGCCAAAGAACUUUCUCUUGUCAACAAGAACAAGUCAUCGGCUAUUGUAGAAAUAUUCUCCAAGUACCAGAAAGCAGCUGAAGAAGCAAACAUGGAAAAGAGGAGAAGUAACACUGAAAAUCUCCCCCAGCACUUUAGAAGGGGGAACCUGACCGUGUUAAAGAAGAAGUGGGAGAACCCAGUGCUGGGAGCAGACUCUCUCCCAGACUCCGUGCGAAACAGCAGCACCGAGGUCAGGCAUAGAGGCGACCCUCCUCCCGCUGAAGUGGCAAACAGCUCUGCCUCUGGGGUCGAGGGUGACCAAGAGGAACGAGUCCACCCCAGACCUAGAAUCAAAUCGCCUCCUGAAGCUCUUAUUCAGUAUCCGUACCCCCGCAUCGAGGACAGUGAGCAUCUUAAAGACCACUCAGCAGAAAGUAAAAAAAUGGAAAAUUGUCUGGGAGAAUCCAGGCAUGAAGUAGGAAAACCCGAAAUAAGUGAAAAUACAGAAGCUGCAAACAAAAUAGAGAAAUACAAUGUUCCGCUGAACAGGCUUAAGAUGAUGUUUGAGAAAGGUGAACCGACUCAAACCAAGAUUCUUCGGGCCCAAAGCCGAAGUGCAGGUGGAAGAAAGAUCUCUGAAAACAGCUAUUCUCUGGAUGACUUGGAAAUAGGCCCAGGUCAGUUGUCACCUUCAGCAUUCAACUCAGAGAAAAGCGAGAGUAGGCGAAAUCUGGAGUUCCCACGCCUGUCGGAAACCUCCAUAAAGGAUCGAAUGGCCAAGUACCAGGCAGCUGUGUCCAAACAAAGCAGUUCCACCAACUAUACAAAUGAGUUGAGAGCUAGUGGUGGUGAAAUCAAAACUCAUAAAUUGGAGCAAAAGGAGAAUGUGCCCCCAGGUCCUGAGGUCUGCAUCGCCCAUCAGGAUGGAGAAAAGGUUUCUGCACCUGAGAAUAGCGUGGCAGCCCGUUCCACCCCUGCUGAGGAUGAUUCCCCAGGUAACUCCCAGGUUAAGAGUGAGUUCCAGCAGCCUGUGCAUCCCAAGCCACUAAGUCCAGAUGCCAGAGCCUCCGGCCUUUCUGAAGGUUCUCCUCCCAAAGCAGUGAAGAAGUUUCAGGCACCUGCAAGAGAGACCUGCGUGGAAUGUCAGAAAACAGUCUACUCAAUGGAGCGUCUCUUGGCCAACAAGCAGGUGUUUCACAUCAGCUGCUUCCGUUGUUCCUAUUGCAACAACAAACUGAGUCUAGGAACAUAUGCCUCUUUACAUGGGAGAAUCUAUUGCAAGCCUCACUUCAAUCAACUCUUUAAAUCUAAAGGCAACUAUGAUGAAGGCUUUGGACACAGACCACACAAGGAUCUGUGGGCAAGCAAAAAUGAAAAUGAAGAAACAUUGGAGAGACCAGCCCAGCUUCCAAAUGCAGGGGAGACGCCUCAGAGCCCGGGGGUAGAAGAUGCCCCCAUCGCUAAGGUUGGUGUGCUGACUGCAAGUAUGGAAGCCAAGGCCUCGUCUCCGCUGGAGAAAGAAGACAAACCAGCUGAAACCAAGAAGUUGAGGAUUGCCUGGCCGCCCCCUACUGAACUUGGCAGUUCAGGAAGUGCCUUGGAGGAAGGGAUCAAAGUAUCGAAGCCUAAAUGGCCUCCUGAGGAUGAAAUCAGCAAGCCUGAAGCUCCUGAGGAUGUAGAUCUGGAUCUGAAGAAGCUAAGACGAACUUCUUCACUGAAGGAGAGAAGCCGCCCAUUCACUGUAGCAGCUUCAUUUCGAACCUCUUCAGUCAAGAGCCCCAAAACCUUGUCCCCAUCUAUCAGGAAAGGCUGGAGCAUGUCAGAGCAGAGUGAGGAGUUUGGAGGAGGUGUAGUAGCAGAAAGGAAACAAAUGGAAAAUGCCAACGCCUCAGAGAAGAAUGAGAGUGUGGAAAAAACAACCUGGCCAAACAAGGGAUCUCAAGGAGAGGAGGAAGGAAGAAGUAAGGAAGUUCACAGUUUUGAGAUGGGGAGUGAAAAUCUUAUAGAAAAUGGUGCAAACUUAGAUGAAGGUGAUAGAAACCUUCCCACACAGCAGUCUUCACUAGAACCCAAGUCUAAAAAUUGGUCUAGCUUUGCAGACAACACCUCCACUAAAGAAUUCACUACUCAGAAUCAGAAAUCCCAGGAUGUGGGAUUCUGGGAGGGAGAAGUAGUCAAAGAGCUCUCUGUGGAGGAACAGAUAAAGAGAAAUCGGUACUAUGAUGAGGAUGAAGAUGAGGAAUAACAAAUUGCAAUGAUGCUGGGCCUUAAAUUUAUGUUAGUGUUAGUGAGCCACUGCCCUUUAUCAAAGUGAUGCACAAAACAGCUCUCUUAGCAUGAGCUGUAAUUUAUGUGGAAGUAACUUUGGAAAAGAGUUCUUGCUUCAAAAAAAUCCCAUACUGUGCAGCUUAAGUGAACCAAUUCUAAAUGCUAGAUAAGAUUACUUAAAUCCUGUCUUUUAGCAAUGAUGAUAUACACAACUACUUUAAGGUCUUCUGGGGGUUGGGAGUGUGUAUGUGUGUGUGGGGGGGCGAUAUUCCAACAGAUAUGGUCCUGCUUCCACUGUACUCCCAAAAGACAGUAUGAAAAUGGAGAGAUGAUUAGUAGUACAUUGUUACACUAAAAAUUCAAUUGUGGAAUUAGGAAACAUGCAGAAGGGAUUUAGGGGCCUAAGCAUUGUGACUGAAUGCACUUUAGUAUAAAGGGCACAGUUUGUAUAUUUUUACAUGAAUACCAAUUUAUUGUUUAGUAUUCCUCUGUUAAGAGAUCAAAUAUUUAGUCUUUUUAAAAAAUUUUGGGUUAAUUUUCUUACUCUGAUAUAUAUAGGGAAUUUACUGCUUGCUCUGAUAUAUAUGGGGAAUUUAUUGCAUCCUGCUUUCUAAACCACAUCCUGAACUGGAUUAUUGAGAUACAGCAUAACCAUCUUUUUGGAGCACCUUUUGAGCACCCUUAGUGCUUGGAGAGAUUCAUUGUGUCCCAAAUAAGCUAUGGUAUUUGCCAAUGAGUUUGACUACACCCCCAAGUGAUUGCUUUCUUCUCUGGUGGUAUCUGUGCUUCUCAUAAUUUACUGUAAGCUGCAAUAUUUUUAUAAGAUCUUUUGUAUUGCUGUUUGCCAUGUUGCAUAUUAGAGCAAAGUGAUGAGUUUAAAGGAGGAAUAACAGAAAAAAAAAUGCCUUAAACCACUUGAGCGCAGAUCCCCAAACCCUAUAUUCUACUUCUGAUAUCCCCUUUCUGGGACACUAGUUUUUUAAUACUUAUAAGCUCUGAAAUGUAUUGAUUUUUAUGGCAGACAGUAUUCCUAGGGUGCAAUUAAACCAGUUAUAGGCUUUUUUUGGGAGAUGGUUUUCUAGUAUUAAGGUUUUGGAACAAUAUAAACUUGAGUACAGUUGUUGUACAUAAUUGAUAUUCCAAAUUGUAUGUUGGGGGAGAGAGGUGUUUUAAGGUAUAGGCUUUUCUUUAUACUGCAUUUUUAGAGAUUUAGCUCUGAUAUUUUUUAGAGAUGUAAAAUAUUCUGCUUUCUUACAGUCUUGCGUACUCUGAAACAUUUUUAUUCAAUAAAGCUUUUAAUUUAC